AUGGGAUUGCACAUCCAAGAGCUAGUAACCACCUUCACCGAAUGGGAGAAAGAUUCUACGGGGACCGGGAAUAGAGCCGUAACCGCUGUUACCACGGCGAUACAAUACGCUGGUAUUGUACUAAGCCUGCCGCAUGCGACGGCAAGAAGGGCUGGGCAAUUUGAUAGACGCUGCUUAUGGCCGAGAAUUCUUAGGAUUUCCUCAAGAUUUACUAUGAUCGGUGAUGAG